UAGGAUUGCACGGUAUGAACUGUGAACGAAGGAAAACCGGUUUGUGUUUCCCCGAUGCAGCACUUCCCAGACGUUAAGCUUUCCAACGGGUUGAAAAUCCCAAUCCUAGGUUUAGGAACGUCGUACCAUGGUGGCUACUCCCACAACGCAGUCGUCUAUGCUCUCCAGGAGUGUGGCAUCAGGCACAUAGACACGGCGAAAAGAUACGGCUGUGAAGAAGCCCUGUCCAAGUCUAUAGCGGAGAGCCGAGUCCCACGGGACGACCUCUGGAUCACCUCCAAGCUCUGGCCUGGGGAUUAUGGGUAUCAGAGCACCAUGGAGGCCUGUCGAGCCUCGUGUGCCAGACUCGGUGUUGAGUAUUUAGAUCUGUAUCUGAUGCACUGGCCUGACUGCAAUUUUCUGGGCCGCUCCAACAGGGACGUCCGGGCCGAGACGUGGAGAGCGCUGGAGGAGAUGUACGACGAAGGAUUGUGCCGUUCGAUCGGCGUGAGCAACUUCCUGAUCAGACAUCUUGAGGAACUGAAGGAUAACUGUGGUGUGACGCCUCAAGUUAAUCAGGUGGAAUUUCAUCCGUUUCAGCAACCUUGGCAGUUGGUGGAGUUUUGCCGCAAAGAGGGCAUAGCGUUUGAAGGUUACUGCCCCCUAGCGAAGGGCCAAGCGCUCGACCAUCCGGGCAUCGUUGAUCUGGCGCAGAAGUAUGGUUGCAGCCCUUCACAGAUCUGCAUCCGCUGGAGCAUUCAGAAUGGAAUCAUCACCAUCCCAAAGUCCACCAAAGCAGAGAGGAUUUUUGAAAACUGCCAAGUGUUUGGGUUCCAGCUGGACGACAAUGACAUGGCCGCCAUGCACGCCUUGCAUGAUGGGAGGCACGUGAGCUGGGACCCAACCCAUGUAGCGUUUUUGGGUUCACGCUGACCGAAGAGGACAUGGAACGUCUCCAGAGAUUACACACAGAUGAUAAACUCAUUCACCUCAGCUACCCGCUAUGGAACGGAUAAUCAGAACACACCAGAGGCUCUUUUUUUUUUUUUUAAAGAUAUCCUCUACACUGUGAAUAUCACUCAAAAAU